AUGGACGAGCAAUUGAUGCGACAAACUUCCUUUGUAAAGACAGCUUGCGAUGAUCUUUCAUCUACAAAUCUUGACUCUCAAUUAGAAACUGAAUCCCAACAAUCAACUUUUCGCUGCGUUCCCGAUCUAUUGGACGGAAUCGAUCAAGCUUCUCCUAUUGCUUCUCCCAUUGAUAAUUUUAUUGUGCCCACCUUGCCAACGAUUGUUGAAGCUCUGUGCUUAUGCUCGGAAAUCAAGCAGAUCAGUACUAAAUUAUGUGAAAACAGUGAAGCUGGUGAUGAGCAUGGGACGCCUGAUCCGGCAAUAAAACGUCAGUUGGAUUUGAAUUUCAUUAAACUUAGACAACUAAAUCGAAAAAUUUAUCUGGAUAAACAAUAUAUUAAAAAUAAAACUCAAUCUGCAAAAGUACAAAUGGAUUGCGCACAUAUGAAAUUACAAGAAGUUAUGUUUCAGAAAUGUUUGUUAAAAAAUAUGCUUAGUAAAGUUCCACAUAUUUCAUUAAUGCCUAUUGAUGAAUUCAUUAAAACUGCUCCAGAACAAUACCUCCCCGUUCUGUCUGAAGAUGAUGAUUCUAAACAAUGUAAUCAUCAAUUAUUACUGGCUCAAUUACAAUACGAACUCGUUGAGCAGGAUGCUCUUCGAAGAUUAAAAGGAAAAUCAAAAUUAUAUCGCGAAGUUAAUAAAAUAAUGUUUGAUUCAUUUAACACGAUUAAAUCUCUUCAACAAGUUAACUCAUCUUUAGUAGCUUCUGCUGAUAUAUCAUCACCUGAAAUUAUGACAUCUUUAGCCAAUCAAUCAUCAAUUGAACAUUCAAACUCCAUGAUUGUUGAUAAUUGA